AUGACCGACAACUACCACCCAAUGAACUCCGUCGAGAUGAACAUAGGUUCGCAAGGCAGCAGUGGCCUAGGGCGUGGUCCAAGGCCCCGGGUUGAUCGCACGAGAAGAAGUUGUACUGCUCGCGAAGAAGAAAUACUUAUGUCCAUUCUGAAGGAUCUUGUCGCACAUGGCUGGAAAUGUGACAAUGGGUUUCGCGGGGGAUAUCUGCAGAGGAUUGAAGAGGCUCUGAGUCGGGAGUUCCCAAGAUGCGGGUUGAGGGUUGCUCCUCAUAUGAAUUCAAAGCUUGGUCAGUGGAAGAAGAGUUACUCGUCUCUGAGUGCGAUACUUGGACGAAGUGGUGUGGGUUUAAACUUGAAUAGAGAUUUCAAAAUUGAUUGUGACGACGACCAAUGGGAGCAGAUUGUUAAGCGUGAUCCCAAUGCACGCGGUAUGCGACAACGGGCAUGGCCUCUGUGGGAUGAUUGGAAGGUGUUGUUUGGAAAAGAUCGGGCUGUUGGGACUGUUGCAAAAGACACAUUUGAUGCACACGCCAAUUAUGCUGGGCGAACACAAUCCUAUCAGCAAGAUGUCCAGCUGGAAUCCCCUGUUGAUGCUGGUGACUAUUCAACAGCCAACCCGAGCCCUCAACAGAGACCGGUUGCCACCCCGGAUGAAAGCACCGACCAGAGCAUAGAUGACACCAAUGACCGGCUUGACAAACUGACCAAUCAGAUUGGGUUUGAGUUCGAUAUUAGCGAAGCACGCAAGGAAGUUAUCGACAUUCUGAGUGGUAUACCGGAGCUGACGCUUGUGCAGCAAAUUGAUGCCUCCGAGAUCAUCAUCAAUAAGGUGGAGCGUGUUGAGUUGUUCAUGCGCCUUUAUGAGGCAUCGCGUCUUACAUACGUGAUGCGUAUGCUGGAGAAGCACAACCACUUUUGA